GGUCGCCGCUCGACGGACGCGCGAGGACGCACGCAGAAGUCAGGAAGGAAGCCGAGGAAAUCCGCACUCUUUUUCGCUGCCGCCAACAGCAACAGGACCGACCAUUCACUCAGCGACCAAGGAGAAAUGCUGAGCAUGUACGAAAGUUCUUGUUCGUACCAGAGCGCGCUGGACCUGAAGCGCGUGGCGUCGGCGGCGGCGGCGGCGCAGCUCAACAUAAAGACGGAGGCCGAGUGCGGUUCGAUGGGCGGCGGCGUGGCGUCGGCGCCGGGCGGCGCCGACUGGGCGUCAGGGUGCGCCGCGUACCGCUUCGGCCUGCCCGGCACCACUUCCACCUUCGAGCAGCUCAAGCAGUCUGUCGAAAAGGCCAAGGCCGCCCUGCAGAGCCCCGUCGGCGCCGCAAUCGGCGCCGCCGUCGUCCCCCCGGUCAACGGCGCCGCCGCCAACUACCUGUUCGGCGACCUCGCCGCCCCCCUCUCCUCCUUCGCACGCGACGGACACGCGCGCCUCCACGACGACGAACACAAGAGGACUCACUCAGGGCUGCACGACUCGCCGGGCAGCAGGGACAGUAAAUCAUCCAGUCACGCGCACACCGCCACCUCCUCCACCUCCUCCUCAGGAAUCUCGAACAGCACAAAGGGCACGUCGUACCAGCACAGCAACAGCGACAGCCUCAGAGCCUCCAGCAAAACCGACACGACCUACAAAGGAUCAUGGAGCUCGCACUCGGCCUCGCAGACGCAAGCUGCGGGCUACGGCAGCAACUCCCUCGGCAGCAUGACCAAGUCCUCCCUGGACCCCCACACUCACCUCAGACAGCCAGAUCCGUACCAAAUGUUCGGGCCGACGAGCAGCCGCCUCGCCAGCUCUGGUUCGGGCCAAAUCCAGCUGUGGCAGUUCCUGCUCGAGCUGCUCUCGGACUCGUCGAACGCGGCCUGCAUCACCUGGGAGGGCACCAACGGCGAGUUCAAACUCACCGACCCUGACGAGGUCGCCCGCAGGUGGGGCGAGCGCAAGUCCAAGCCCAACAUGAACUACGACAAACUCAGCAGAGCUCUCAGAUACUACUACGAUAAGAACAUAAUGACCAAAGUGCACGGCAAGCGGUACGCGUACAAGUUCGAUUUCCAGGGGCUGGCGGCGGCCACGCAGCCGGCGGCCGCCGACCCGGCCGCCUACAAGUACCAGAGCGACCUGUUCAUGUCCAGCUACCACCACCACUCGACCAAACUCAACUUCAUGAGUCCGCACGCAGCCAUCCCGUCCUCCUCAGCGAGCAUAUUCCCGUCGCCGUCGUCGUACUGGAGCAGUCCGGGCGCCAACCUGUACUCGAACAUCGCGGCGGCGUCGACGCACUCGAUGCCGCACCACCCGACGCACUUGGGCUCGUAUCCGCACUACGCAUGACAAAGCUCGUGGGAGCCGCCGACGAGCACGUCGCCGACCCCCCCGUUCCGCACGGGCCGCCUCUGAACAUUGUGCAACGCAAGUACCUUCUUUCCCAGCCAAGUGCGAAAGUGCAAGUGUAAAUAAUAAUAAUGACGAAAAUCGCUGUCAAAUUCAUGGACCGCGAAGAAAAUUUUUUUCAUUCUCAAACGGAGACAAAAAUUGGCACCUCCAAAUUUGAUUCAAAUUCCAGGACCACAAUGGUAAAUUUGUUUUCCUCAAUAUUGAGGAAAACAAAUUUACCAUUGUGGUCCUGUAAGAAAAUAAAACGUUCAAGAAGAAACCCAGUCUAGUCCUUGCAAAGAAUCAUUUGGAAUCUAUGUAAAUAAUUAUAUAAAAUUAAGUAGUAUUUUUAUUUUGAUCUCUCGUCUAUAUUCAAAUACCAUAGGCUGUUUGUAUUUAUCGAUAGACUGGCAGAUAAUGUGUAGGUGUUAAGAGUAGUCGAAUAACAAAAUGAUGCCUGCCUCUAGAGCGAGAGUCUGUAUGUAUUUUGGAAUUGUGUCGUUUGAAAUAUACAUUUAACUGAGGUGCCAAAAUAUAUAUGAGGGCAGGCGUGUCUGUAAAUAAAAUUAUAUAGAAAAAACCAACUCAAUAAAAUACCCAAUAAAAGUAACUAGUCCAUAUCUAAGGAAUUAUGCAUUUUAUGAUCGUCUCUCUUCUCUUAUUCAAUGUGAUAUGCUUUCGAUCUCAUUUUGAUUUCUAGCAUUAUUCUUAUUAGGAUCAGGAUGUAAAUGUAUCUCUUCCCUGUUGAUUGAUAUAAAAAUUACUGUUGUGACUUCUAAUAAAUAUAAAUGGACCUGACAAGGAAUAAAAAAAAA